AUGCAUUCAGACUCGAUUGAGGGCCUGGUGGUGUGGGACCUGGAGGGAGAUAUUGGCGCAGAGGACGGAUCGGGGAAUGGUGGUCAGAUUAUGGAUGGCAACCCCGAUUCGGUGGACUCCUUGCCAGACAGCCGUCGUCUUCCGCUGCAGGCUGUCUAUGGUAGAGCGUACAUGCGGGAUAGUUGGCCUGCCUACGUUGAGACAAAGGAGCUCCGACGCAUGGGUCCUGCCGAUCUCCGCUGCCUACCACAGCGUCUCCUCCGGAUGCCCCUAAUGCACAUUGCAUCCCGGCACUCUGAGUCAAGGCGACACCAGGAUGCCAACAGCCAGUCGACUGAAUCGGCUCUCCUCGCCUGUUCGGGCUGCUGUUCAACCCUCUGGCCCGUCAGGUCUGACGCGGAUCAGAAGCCUGGCUGGCAGCUGCCACACAAGUUGCAUGCUGAUUUCUUUCAGUCCUGUGUCGAAAACUUUAUUCUCGAAUCUAUUCACUAG